AUGGACUCUAAGAAAUUAGUAGUUAAUGUCAAGCAAGGGGAAAAACUUGAAUAUGAUGAGUGUAAUACUAGUAAAAACUGCAAUCCUAAAGAUAAAAUAAGCUUAAUUGGAAUUCGAAGGCAAAAGAAUGGGAGAUAUGCUGCUGUGAUUACUGAUAGAAUUAGGCAUAAGAAAGUAUGGUUAGGCACUUUUGACACUGUUGAAGAGGCUUCACAAGCUUAUUUCUCUAAGAAAUCUGAGCUUGAGAAUGAGAAAUUAAGCAAUCAAGGAAAUAAGAAGAGUAAAAGAAUACGCGAAACGAGAAGUAUUGUUGAGAUUUACAAGAGAGGGAAAUAUAAUUCUGAGAAAUCAGAGGAAUUAGUCAAUGUAAAGCAAGGCAAUGAAAAUGUGAAUUGUGAAGUAUUUCAGAUCGAAUCAGCUGGUGAAUCAGAAAUUGAUGUUGUGAUAUCAAAUUCAUUUAAUGGAGGAACCGAGCAAAGGAUUGAUUCUUACGAAAUAGGCACUGUUGAAGAAGCUUUUCGUAUAGCUAAAGAGGGAUCCAAAGUGUUUAACUUGGGUUUAAUGGCUAAUGUUUGUGGCACAAAAUCAACUGAUGACUGUAACAAUACUACAGGUUGCAAUCCUAAAGUUAAGGUAAGCUUGAUUGGAACCCGAAAGCAAAAGAAUGGGAGAUAUGCAGCUGUGAUUACAGAUCCAUUUACGCAUAAGAGAGUCCGGUUGGGGACUUUUGACACUGUUGAAGAGGCUUCACAAGCUUAUUUCUCUAAGAAGUCGGAGUUUGAGAAAUUAAGCCAGCAGGGAAUUAAGCAGAAUAUACUGAAGAAGAAGAAUUGUGAUCAAAUUCAGCAGCUUGAAUCAUCGUCUGUUGUGGCAUUCUUAGAUACUACUGCUAGUGAAAGUGGAAGAGCUAAAAGAAUCGAUUCUCAAAAAAAAAAAAACCAUCUUAUUGGGGCUCACAAGAGCACGAAGAAAGGGAGAUAUCAGUCUGAGAUUAAGAACCCCAUCACGAAAAAGAGAAUUUGGUUGGGAACUUUUGGCAUCGAAGAAAAGAAGAAGCAAAGUACUUAUAAGCAAUUGAAAUCAGAGAAAUUGGUUAAUCUCAAGCAAGGACAUGAAAAUGUAAAAUGUGAGCCAUUUCAGCCCGAAUCAUCACCAGAUAUUGAUAUUCCAUUUUCAAAUUCAUCUAACGGAGGAACUAUCCAAAGUAUUGAUCCUGACAAAAUAGGCAAUCAGUCUAAGAAAUUCGAUCUUGAGCUGGAAAGCAAUAUGCCAAUAGAUUCGAGUGCAGGGGAGAAGCAAGGUCAAGAGGAUGAUGAAGAUUCAUGGAAGGGGGAAUGGGUGCAACUUCCAGGUGAUGACAGGGCAGUCAUGUUUUCACUGAAAUUGGGCUUACCAAUCAUCGAUAACUAUGGAUCUCUUUUAGGUGAGUUCAGCACUUUGGAUGAUCUCAGUAUUUGUAAGACUGAAGAAGGCAAUAACUACAUUUCGCAUAGCAUAUAG